ACUCAUUACCAAGGGCCAAGGCCAAGGGGCUAGGUAGUGUCCGGUCACUUAUGUAACCUGUGGGCAUAUAUAGGGCACCUGAUCCAUAGAGCUGUUGCUGACUUGGAAGCUUUUCCACCUGGGCACCACUCCUUCUCAUGAUGAAGGUGGCUGUGGGCCCAGAUCCUUCCCUGAUUUACCGUCCUGAUGUGGAUCCAGAGAUGGCCAAAGACAAGGACAGGUUCCGAAACUACAUGUCGGGCCCCCUCCUGGACCGAGUCUUCACAACCUAUAAGCUCAUGCACACGCACCAGACAGUGGACUUUGUAAAUAGAAAGCACAUCCAGUUUGGAAGCUUUUCCUACAAGAAAAUGACAGUCAUGGAGGCAGUGGACAUGCUGGAUGCUCUGGUGGAUGAGUCUGACCCAGACGUGGACUUCCCCAACUCCUUCCAUGCCUUCCAGACAGCAGAAGGCAUCCGGAAAGUCCACCCAGAUAAGGAUUGGUUCCACCUUGUUGGGCUUCUGCAUGACCUGGGAAAAGUCCUGGCUCUGUGGGGGGAGCCCCAGUGGGCAGUUGUUGGAGACACCUUUCCUGUUGGUUGCCGUCCUCAGACUUCCGUGGUGUUCUGUGAUUGCACUUUCCAGGACAAUCCUGAUCUCCAAGAUCCUCGAUACAGCACAGAACUUGGCAUGUACCAGCCGCACUGUGGCCUCGAGAAUGUCCUCAUGUCCUGGGGCCAUGAUGAGUACCUGUACCAAAUGAUGAAGUUCAAUAAGUUCUCCCUGCCCUCAGAGGCUUUCUACAUGGUCCGAUUCCACUCCUUCUACCCAUGGCACACUGGUGGUGACUACCGACAGCUGUGCAGUCAGCGAGAUCUGGACAUGCUGCCCUGGGUGCAAGAGUUCAACAAGUUUGACCUCUACACCAAGAGCCCUGACUUACCAGAUGUCCACGCGCUUCGGCCAUACUACCAGGGGCUGAUUGACAAGUACUGCCCUGGUAUCCUGAGUUGGUGACAGGCCUCUCAACUCCCCAUUGCACACUGUGCAUUACGUACCAUGACAGCCCACACCAACCUUUGAGUCCCCACACACUUGUCCAGAUCACAAUAAAGACCUUGGAAGAG